AAGAAGAACAAGAAGAAAAAUAAGAACAAGGACAAGAAGAAGGAAGAAAAAGGAAAGAAAAAGAAAAAGAAAAAGAAAAAAAGAAAAAAGAAAAAGAAAAAGAAAAGAAAAAAGAAAAAGAAAAAGAAAAAGAAAAAGAAAAAGAAAAAAAAGAUAAAGAAAAAGAAAAAAAAGAAGAAAAAGAAGAAAAAGGAGAAGAUAAACAAGAAGGACAAGAUGACGAAGAAAAAGAAGCAGACCAACAAGAAAAUCAACAGGAAAAAGAACAUGAAGAAGAAGAAAAGCAAGAAGAAGAGGAAGAAGAACAAGAAGAAGAAAAACAAGAAGAGGAAGAAGUACAAGAACACAAAAAGGAAGAUCAAGAACAAGAAGUGAAAGAAGAAGAAAAAGGAAAAAGAAACCAGAAAGAAGAACAAAAAUAAGAAGAAGAGAAGAAGAAAAAAAACCAAGAACAACAAGAACAAAAAGAAGAACAAGAAGAAAAAGAAGAAAAGAAGAUGAAAACAUAAAAAGAAGAAGAAGAAGAGGAGCAAGAAGGACAAGAAGAAGAACAAAAACAAGGAGAUGAACAUCAAAAAAAAGAAGAACAAGAAGAAGGAAAAGAAGAACAAGAAUAAGAACACGAAGAAGAAAAAGAAGAAAGACAAGAAAAGGAGGAAUAAAAAGAAC